AUGUCUUGUGGUUCUGGCCUGUGGCUGAUGCUCACCGACACGCCGUGGCGCUCCGCCCUUCAGUUCUUCAGCCUCACCUGCCUGGGUGGGGUGGCCCUUUGGGCCCCAGUGGCUGUGCCGGUGCCGGGUCCCAAGCUCCGCAUUGUCCCCGUGGCGGGCGACGGCAACUGCCUCUUCCGCGCUGUGGCGCGUGGGGAGAACGGCACCGAGCCGCUGAGGCCAAAGGAGGAGGACGCCCGCAGUAAGGAACUGAGGGCGAAGGCGGUGGCGGAGUUGGUACGGCAGCGAAAGGAGAUUGAAUGGGCCAUUGAAGGCAACUUCGAUAGUUAUGUGCGAAGGAUGUCACGAAAUGGUGAAUGGGGUGGAGAACCAGAACUUUUGAUGCUGUCCAAGGUGCUCCAUCGAUGCAUCGAAGUGUACAUGAUGACGCAACGUUUGACCAAGAUCCAGACCUAUGGAGAGGAAUUCACCGGCGCCCCGAAAAUUCGGGUUCUCUUCCACGGCUACGGACACUACUCUGCCAUGGUGGAAGAUGCUGCAAAAGAGUUUGCACCAGAUGAUCCUCGCUUGGUGAUCAACUACCGAAAGGUUUACGACGUUGCUUGCAUUUCUUUGGGCCCUUGUGGUCAUGAGGACCCUAGUACCAACUGGACGUGA